UCUCUCGACAUCCACCGAAGUUGCUUUACUUCCCCUUGAACAAAGGACAAUAAUGUAAUCAUGCCGGCGGCAACCUCACAGCCGCCGGUCAAGCUUUCGCUUCCUCUGCAAUUUCAGCAGGAGAUCUAUCAGCUCCUUCGCACCGAGGAUGUUCUUGUCAUCCUGGCUCGGGGGCUUGGUCUUCUUAAGAUUGUCACAAACCUACUCCAUUCAUAUGACGCGGCAGGCAACUCCCUCGUCAUAGUCGUUGGGGCGGAGGACCGUGAAAAUGAAUGGAUUGGCGAAGCACUGGCCGAGCACUACGCCGUGUCUCGGAGUCCUCAAGCGAAAGGUCUCCGUGUCAUAAACACGGACAAAGCCACCGUGGCAGCGAGGGAGAAAAUCUACGCUGAUGGAGGAAUUGUCUCAGUCACCAGUCGGAUCCUCGUGGUUGAUCUUCUCUCCAAGUUGUUGGAUCCAGAAACCGUGACUGGCUUGGUUAUCCUUCAUGCGGACCGUGUCGUCGCAACCAGCACCGAAGCAUUUAUUGUACGAUGUUUCAGACAGCAUAACAAAAUCGGAUUUCUCAAGGCCUUCAGUGACUCUCCCGAACCUCUGACAUCAUCAUAUGCACCUCUAGCAAGCAUGAUGCGAAAUUUAUUCCUGAGGAAGCCGUCUUUGUGGCCGAGAUUCCAUGUCUCGAUUGCGCAGAGCCUCGAAGGCAAGAAGAAGGCAGAAGUCAUUGAGUUGGAGAUUGAGAUGACAGCCUCGAUGAAAGCAAUACAACAAGCUGUCAUGGAAUGCGUGGAGAUGAGUAUUUCGGAACUGAAAAAGGCCAACUCGGGGCUUGAGAUGGAUGAUUGGACACUUGAUUCUGCUCUUCACCAAAAUUUUGACGCCAUAGUCCGCAGACAGCUAGACCCCGUGUGGCACCGAGUAAGCUGGCGAACGAAACAGAUCGCGAACGACCUUACCGUGCUUCGAACGAUUCUACACUCUCUUCUCAGCUAUGACUGUGUUUCGCUGCUGAAGUAUCUGGAUACUGUUCUUGCAACACAUUCUCCUCCUCCAAGCUCUAAACAGCAAGAUCAAUCACCGUGGCUGUUUAUGGAUGCUGCUUCAGUCAUAUUCAACUCGGCAAGGGACCGGGUCUAUAUUGGCAAAGUCGAAGACAGUAGCGUUCUACCCACAUCCAAGUUACCAGAUUCUCUGACUCCGGUCCUUGAAGAACAACCGAAAUGGGCUGUCCUCGCGGAAAUUCUGCAGGAGAUUGAGACCGAUGCUUACCUAAAUCCAAUGCGGAGUGACUCGAAUGACACGGUGUUGGUGAUGUGCAAUGAUCAAGGGACUUGCCGUCAGAUCCGAGAAUAUCUGCAGUCCAUGCACGUGAAACCUCUAUCUCGAGAGCCGAACAAUGGGCAAGCUCCUCAUGAAGUGGAGGAACUGGAAGCCAAGGGCUCCGCAGAAUUCAUGCUGAGGCGCAAACUUCGAGAGUAUCUUGGGUGGAGAAAGACAUUCGCUCAAGUCAGCGCGUCACUGUUUGAGGAGAAUCAGAAGUCUCUGAACGAGAUCAAGGGAAAUAAUACCACAUCUGCUCGACUCGGCAGCAAAGCACCCGCCAGCAAACGCAGGCGCAUGAGAGGCGGAGGUGCCUCCGGCCUCAACCCCUCCCGCACUGCCAAUGGUGCUGUGGCUAUCAUUGAGGACAGAGCAGCGCAAGUAGCUGGUCUACUGGCAGAGCUGCGUCCCACAGACGCUGAAGCGCUUCAAAAGGACGAUAUCGUGAUUGAGGACCUCAAUGAGGCUGGAGAAGACUUCUUCGAACUGUACAGCCCGGAGGACCAAGUGGUGAUUCAUCCAUACGACGGCGACCAGGAUGACCAACUUCUCGAAGAGGUCAGGCCGAAAUACAUCAUCAUGUACUCCCCAUCGGCGGACUUCAUCAGGAGAGUCGAGGUUUACAGAUCAAGUCACUCGGACCGCAGUGUACGUGUGUACUUCCUUUACUAUGGUAAGAGCGUUGAAGAGCAGCGAUACCUAUCUGCAGUUCGUCGGGAAAAAGAUGCCUUCACGAGACUUAUCAAGGAGCGAGGUAGCAUGGCCGUCACGCUUACAGAUGCUGGAAAUUUGGACCCCGAAGAAGCAUUUUUGCGGACGGUCAACACUCGAAUCGCGGGCGGUGGCAGACUCGCGGCCACGGCUGCUCCUCCGAGAGUGGUGGUGGACGUUCGCGAAUUCCGCUCAUCCCUCCCAAGCUUACUGCACGGCCGAAGCAUGCAAAUUGUCCCGUGUCAACUGACAGUUGGCGAUUAUGUCCUGUCACCGGAUAUCUGCGUGGAACGAAAGUCGAUACGAGAUCUAAUUGCGUCUUUCAAGAAUGGCCGACUCUUCAACCAAGCAGAGACAAUGCUCCAGUACUACAAGUAUCCGUUUCUGCUUAUCGAAUUUGACCAGAAUAAAUCUUUCACCCUAGACCCGUUUGCAGACUUGACUUCAGUCCUCAAGGCGCCGGAUGCAGAGACCAGGGAUCUGCAAACCAAAUUGGUGCUUCUCACACUGGCCUUUCCGAGACUCAAGGUCAUUUGGGCGUCGUCGCCUUACCAGACCGCGGAAAUCUUCGAAGAACUCAAGAAGCAGCAAGAAGAGCCGGACCCACUGCGAGCAGUGCAGAUUGGUCUAGAUGAGAACGAGGACCCGGAAGAGAGAACAUUCAAUACUGGACCGCAAGACCUCCUGCGGACAAUCCCUGGAGUCACGGCAAAGAACGCCAGUCGCCUGUAUCUUGAGGCCAAGAACGUGCUGGAAGUCGCUAACAUGAGCCUUGAGGAGCUGGAUCCACUUGUUGGUAAGGAGUCGGGGCGACAAAUCGUCAGGUUCUUCACUCGCAGAGUUGGUGACGAAGAAGACCAGUUAAUGUAAACUAUUACUGGGUUCCUGAUAUUGUAAUAUGGCCCGAAUUCGUCGGGCUGGACAGCUGCUGUGGCUGUGGCUGUGGCGGCGGUCUUUCAUUUGUGAAAUUGAAUGAGCGGCACCCUCGGUCGGCGCUUUACUGGGGAAAUAGUCGUCGAUAUCACUUGGAGGAUUGGUUUGAUGAUAGAUGGCCACGGGGGGUCAUAGUAAGGAAUAAUCAACCAAGUCACAAAAGCACAAGUUCGGAGUAUAAUCCGCGUGAAACAC